AUGCAAACGUUUGAGUCAGACAAGGAAGAAGUCGAGUACCCGGGUGCUCAUUUGAGAGAACUGAGGGUGCAACCUACCUCCCUCCCAAAGACAACUGCUUGUGUCCGGUCGAAUCAAAGCCCGAAGCUGUUGAAAGGUGCUCUGGAGCAGCUCCACUACGAUGACAAUGGGGAGGAAGAGGCGGUAAGAUGCGGUGGGGUUUUUGGCACCCUGGCCUCCACAACAGAGAAUGACCAACCAGCAUGGAGCCAGAAGAAGCAGAGCGAAGCUGUUAAUCAACUGAAGAGUCUGCUAUUGAAGCAGGGAAAGGAGAUACCCGCACCUCUCUCUCCUUCAAAGGACUUGGUCCCAGUGACUCACAACCCGCCAGACUAUAUUCAGCACCUGGAGGCUGAAGUCCGGUUCUGCAAAGAAGAGCAGCAGGGACUUAAACAGCGCAUCCGAGUGGUUGUGGGAGACAACGAGAAAUUGCGCGCCGAGCUCAAAGCCAAACAUGCGGAUGAGUCUCCUAAGGACGCCCACACAUUUCCAAACUGCUUGGAAGAACUAAAGAUUAUGCAUCAGGCCCAGUUUGAAACAUUGGAGGCCCAGGUCAUCUCCCUCAGGAGGGAUCUAUUGCAUAGUCAGAAGGAAUGCAAAGAGCUGAUGGCCUGUCUGAGACAAAGUGAAAAAGAGAUGGUGGCGUUGAAGGCCAAUGAGGCGCCGCGUGUGGCCGGCUUGUGUCUGAAGUGUGCACAGCAAGAGGCGGUCUUGGCUAGCGCUCCUGCCAACAUUCACGCCCAGGCACUUGACCGACUCACCAAGGAGCGCAAUGAGCUGCUAGCAGCCUUGAGUGCGGCGCGGUCCGCUCAGCAGGAAGUGCAGCACCGGGAGUGGUCGGCUUGUCUGCAAGUCAAAGGGGCGGUGGAGAUGGCCGAGGAGGCCCACUUACACAAAACUGAGCUGGAGGUGCAGUGCCAGCAGCUGUCCAGGGAGCUUGCUCGAGAGACGGCACAGCGAGAACGUGACGUCCUCGCCCUCAAGGACAAGCUAGCUAAGGCAAGGGAGGAAGGACGCAACGAAGGCCGCCGACAGAAGGAGGAGCUUGCAAAUACUGUGGCCUGGCUGUCCCAACGCACCGCUGAGCUGGAGGGCAACCUCAAUAGACUAAAUACAGACAAAAGCUCGCUGACCACUCAGCUUGAAGAUGCGCUUCGACAACUUGCAAGUGUGGAACAAGACAAAAGCAAAGUAUGCACUGCAGAGCUCCAGUACCAACUCCGCAGUGCCCAAAUCAAGAAAGAGGAGGCCGAGAGAGAAUUGCAGGACCUCAAGUCCAAGACAAGUAGGCAGGUGGAAAAUUCAACACAGGAAGUGGAAAAGCUGAGCUCAGAGCUGGUUGGCUGCCGGCAACGUCUGGAGGCGGUCCAGAGGGAUGGCGGCCAAUGGCAGGCUGAAGCCUUGAGCCUGGCUGAACAGCUGGCCGAUGCCCAGCGCCAACUGCACCUCACCAGAGAAAACAGUGAGACGGCAGCGAGAGCUCACGAAGAUAAGAUGGCAUGCGCGGCCCAUGCGUGGCGUGAGCGUGAGAGCGAGAUGGAGGCACUGCUGCAGCGAACAGAGGCGCAGCACAUGCAGAAAGCUGGCGAGCUGGAUGGACUUCUAUCCUCCCAGAAUUCCCUCAUCCAGAAGCUGAAGGAGGAGUGUCGCACACUGGGUGCAACAUUGGAGCAGCUAACGGGAAACAAACGGCGAGAAGUCGAGCAGCUGGCUGUGAUGAAUCAACACCUUCAAGACACAGUAGAAAGUAUGAGAGUACGAUGCUCCGACAUGGAAAAACAGUGUGUUUUGCACGGACGUGUGCACAACACCAUGAAGAACAGGCUUCAACAGUUGGACCGUCACUGUCAGAGCAGCGCUCAGCAGGUGUGUGAGCUGCUGGCCAAACAGAACCACAUGAUGAUCAACUACUCCAGCUCUAACACACAAUAA